AUGACUGGUAAAGAACGCGGUCGUUCACCUGGUGGAAAGAAGCGUAAAGCUGAGCAUGAGCUGUCAAUAACUUCGCGCGUAGAGAGAGCGUGCGCCCCAAAGCGGGCCAUUCGAAAGCAGAGGUGGCGCAAAAAAAAGAAGCUGUACGAUAGCAUUGACUACAAGAAUGCCAGUUCAGCUCAGCAAAAGUUGAUAGAAGCAGCCGCUUUGAACAGGAUCGAAGAGUUGUAUAAAUCACGUAGGAAGCACCCCGAUCAGCUCAAGCCUGAUGAAUCUUCUCAUCCCACCGGACCGAUAGACGAUAACGACCCUGACACUUCUCAUCCCAUCGAGAAUAACGACUCUAAAACACCUCAUCCCACCGGACCUAUAGAAGACAAUCACGAGCCUAAUUGGAAUGCGUUUUCUGACAUUGAGUACAACCUUCAGGAAACUCUUGAUUCGAUAGAUAAUUAUAGAAACCGUGACGUGCGCGAGUGCACCGAAGCAUACUUUGCCAUUCCGGGGUCAUGGGUUGGAGGUAUCGUGAUACGUCUUCCGAUCGAUCAUGAAGACGAACUGGCAACAAAGAUUGAUCAAGGGAAAAUUGGAGUCGAAGAAACGAUUCCCCGUGUGGCAGUCAUCGCACCAAAUCUUACUAAACGAACUGGAAACGUAUUGCAGCGUUAA